GACCUUAGCAAUCAUUGUUAAAGCUGUCAAAGGGAAAGACUCAUUCAGUUCAGAAUUAAAUCAAGUCACAAUUAUGCAGAAUUUAAUAAGACGCGAGAAGCUUGGAGAAGGAACUUAUGGGGUGGUCUAUCGUGCACUUAAUCCCGAUACCCAAUGCCUGGUGGCAAUCAAGAAUAUUCGUUUUCAUCAUGACGAUGAGGGCAUACCAUCUGCAGUGAUUAGGGAGAUAGCCCUUCUAAAAGAACUCAAGCAUCCGAAUAUUGUGGAACUUCAAGAUGUCAACAUGAUGGAGAAGGAGGUUCAUUUGAUUUUCGAAUAUCUGGCCAUGGAUUUGCACAGAUAUUUUGAAAUUCUAUUUUCGAAGGGAGAGAAAAUGCAUGCCAAAUCGAUACAGAGUUUUCUUUAUCAAAUUACGGAAGCUAUUUUAUUUUGUCAUCGUCGUCGUAUCCUACACCGGGAUCUGAAGCCGCAAAACUUGUUAAUCGAUCCCACACACACGCGGAUUAAAGUGGGAGACUUUGGGCUGAGUCGUGCUUUUGAUUUGCCCGUUCGCAGCUAUUCGCCGGAGGUGAUCACUCUCUGGUAUCGGGCUCCGGAAUUGCUCUUGGGUUGUCCACAAUAUUGCUGUCCAGUGGAUAUUUGGUCAAUCGGUUGCAUAUUCUUUGAGAUGUUGACGGGAAGGACAGUGUUUCCCGGCGAAUCGGAAAUCGAUCAAUUGAUAUGCAUAUUCAAAAUUUUGGGUACACCCACUGAGGAAAAUUGGAUGGGCGUUACUCAAUUGCCAAACUAUUCGAGCUCGUUUCCAAUAUAUCCCAUCAAUAAGCUGACCAUGUUUGUACGCAAGGACUUUGACAAGAACUUAAAUGCUUCUGGUGUCGAUUUACUUAAUCGAAUGCUGUGCUAUCAACCAUCGCAACGCAUCGUGGCCAAGGAUAUAGUGAAGCAUGCAUUUUUCCAGGGUAUGCCGGACAAUAUGAAAUAAAUUUCCAGCCAAUGUAAAGCCUCUUGUGUAUGUAAUUAAAUUAAUUUAACGCUAAACUUGGAUUUCCGAGAACUAAAUCAAAUAAAAGCUAAUUGGCGAGA